ACAGAAACGAGGAGGUGUCGGCUCCAUCUGCUUGUAGUGGUGGCUGCCUCUCUAAUCGUGUUGACGCCGUUUUUCGACCGAUCCCUGACGUCACUCGGAAGUGUAGGUGGCGGCGGCAGCAGCGAGGAGGUCGGGGGGCCGUAUGAAGCCUGCGAAAGCGGCCAGAUUAUUUGGAUCGGCCCUUUGUUUUCGUUCGCACUGUGGCGGAGAGCAGUUGUCACGUGAUGAUGAUGGACCCUGUCUGCUUCCGUGCAGCGAGCUUGAGAUAGAGUGAAUCGGUGCCUUUUUCGGCGGGGAUAUCGCUUUGCUGUCUGCGUGUGGUUGUCUUCUGCUUGCAGAAAAGCCAUUCCCUCCUCCUUCCGCACCUUUUUCUUGAUUUCCUUUCUGGUCUGUUCGCUCUAUCCGCUGACGUUCUCUUUCUCUCAUCACUUGUAUAUGUGAUUUUUUGUCUGUUCUUUCUUUUGGGCUCCGUUGACCCCCCUUCUCUCUUUCUCCUUCCCUUCGGUUUUUCGCCGAUGCUCUGUUCUUUCCGAGCAGAGUAGUUCGCUCGCUCGCUCGUUCGUUCGUGCGUCCGUCGCGUACUUUGGGGAGAAGAGCGGCAUACACUGCAUUUGGAUAGACGACGACGGAAGGGAGGUGCGCCUCCCCCGUGGCAAGCAGCCAUCUUGGGCCGAGGUAUGCAUCGCGGCCGUUCGGAUGCGGGACGUCGUGGCAGUGGCCUCGUUCAUGUAUGAACCAACACGCCCCGAGGUUUGGACUCUCGGGGGACCACGAACCGAUGUUUCUCUCGCCCAUGUGCACGUUGCAAAGGUGGGAGGUGGAGACAAUGGACAACAUCCAUAGUCUUGACCCACGGAAACAAGAACUCCUAGAAGCGAGGUUUCUCGGAAACCGGCAAUUGUGCAACAACCUAGGUGGCCAAGUGCCGUACCUGGGCCAGGCGAUGGCGGUGUCCCAGCCGGCAUCUGGGAGCCUGGGGGGUGGAGUAGUUUGUGGGGGAAGCAGCGCUUCGCUGCCCCCCUCAUCUCAAGUUCUGGCUCAUGUGUCUUCCUCUGGCAGUUCUAGCAACACCAACCACAAUCAGGACUCUAAUAUGAGUACCGCCAGCCUGGGCUCCCAACAUAGUGAUAAAGAAAUUGAGGCAUCAGAUAAGCACCACAGAACACCUCCCCAAACAGAAAGGAAAAGAAAACGGAAAGAUGACGGUGUAGCGGCAGGCAAAGGGGGUAGGGCAGGUGAAAAUCCGAAGAAAGUGAAUGAAUAUUUCAAGAACCAGGUCCAUAGCCCUAGCUGCUAUGGGGGGGCCAAGUCGCCCGUUCCUCAGGGCUACUGCCUGGUCGCUGCUGGUGUAUUUCAGGGUGGCAGCCCGUUAGUGUCCCAGUUGACACCAACAUUGAGCAGCAUGGACUACCCUGGUCUCAUGGCGCCGCCACAACAGAGGAUGCUCCAGACAACGAGUCGGCAAAUACAAACAGACCUCACCAUCAAUAAAAUCAAGGAACUAGAAAGCAAAUCAGCCCUGGACCUGGAAAUAAGGGACAACAGGAUAGAUGAACUACAGAGGGGAAGCGAGGAGCUGAGGCGGCAAAUGCAGGCACAACAGAAGGUCAUUCAGAAGCAGGAGGAGCAACUGUUAAAAUGUAUAGAUGUAACAAAGCAACUGUUAAUAGAAAAGUCUGCCAUGGAGAAGAAACAGUCCCGGCAGAAAUGUAUGCAAAAUCGGUUAAGGCUAGGGCAGUUCGUCACACAGCGGCAGGGAGCAUCCUUUGUGGAGAACUGGGUGGAUGGGUACGCCUUCAACGAGCUCUUGAGGAAACAGGAGCAAAUCACUUCAGAGCGGGAAGAAAUUGAGAGGCAAAGGAAAUUGCUGUGCAAGAAAAAGCCUACGACGGGGCAACCCAAGGGCAAGGGCGCAACCAACGGUGCUGCAGCCCUCGCCAACGGGGAAUUUGUGAAACCGGAAUCACCUAAGGACAUGGCAGUCCUGCAGCGGUUGUCCUGGUAUGAGUACUACGAGCAGGAGGAAAUUUUGAAGCUGCGACAGGUCUCUCUCAAGAAAGAGGACACGGACUUGCAGCUUGAGCUCGAAAAGCUGGAGCGUGAGCGGAACCUACACAUACGUGAGCUGAAACGCAUCCACAACGAAGACCAGUCUCGUUUCAACAACCACCCGGUGCUCAAUGACCGCUACCUCUUGCUCAUCCUUUUGGGUAAAGGAGGGUUUAGUGAAGUACAUAAGGCGUUUGACUUGAAAGAACAGAGGUACGUAGCCUGUAAAAUACAUCAGCUGAACAAAGACUGGAAGGACGACAAGAAGGCCAAUUAUAUAAAACAUGCCCUGCGAGAGUACAACAUACACAAGUCGUUGGACCACCCCAGAGUGGUGAAGCUGUACGACGUCUUUGAGAUCGACCCCAACUCGGUUACUAACUGGAUGCUACCACUGGUCCCUGGCAGGUUCUGCACGGUGCUGGAGUACUGUGAUGGGCACGACCUGGACUUCUACCUCAAGCAGCACAAGUCCAUCCCCGAAAGGGAAGCUCGCUGCAUUGUCAUGCAGGUGGUGCAUGCCCUCAAGUACCUCAAUGAGAUAAAGCCUCCGAUCAUUCACUAUGACCUAAAACCCGGCAAUAUCCUGCUGGGUAGCGGGAGCCUUAGCGGCGAGAUCAAGAUCACGGACUUUGGGCUGAGCAAGAUAAUGGAUGACGAGAACUACAGCCCUGAGUACGGUAUGGACCUGACCUCGCAGGGCGCCGGCACGUACUGGUACCUGCCGCCAGAGUGCUUUGUGGUGGGCAAGAAUCCGCCCAAGAUAUCCUCAAAAGUGGAUGUUUGGAGCGUGGGUGUCAUAUUCUACCAAUGUCUCUAUGGGAAAAAGCCGUUUGGACACAACCAGUCACAAGCAACAAUCCUAGAGGAGAACACAAUCCUGAAGGCAACGGAUGUUGAGUUUCCUCCCAAGCCUGUAGUCAGCAAUGAAGCCAAGCAAUUCAUCAGGCGCUGCCUACAGUACCGGAAAGAAGACCGUAUCGAUGUGUUCACACUAUCCAAUGAGGAGUACCUGAAACCCAACUAUUCAAAGCACAGCCGCCAGUCCAGUGCCUCGGACAAGGACAAAUCGUAGCUGCUGCGAAGGAGGCUCUAGGACCCAGGACACAGGGACUCCCCCACGGUCUCCUUUCUGAGUGCGUGGCCAAGGGCAGUAUAGAGACGAGAAAGGCGCUCUUUGCGUGCCUGCGCAGCCUCACCCCCAAAACCCUCACCACCGAGAUCGAAUGAUCGGUUGUCGGUGCGCAAGACACCACACUGCCUGCUAUGUUGUGUGCGUGCGUGUGUGCACCGGCUGCUCUCGAUGUUGCUGUAAAAUAUUAACUAGAUGGACGUAACAACAAGAGGUAGGGGCUUCAAGCUCCUUCACAGCCACUGGUGGUAAGGAUUAUGACAAAAAGUGGGCCCACCUCUCCUCCCUUUUGUCUUCUGCAUCUUUCUUUGAGGAAACCUGCAGUGAGAGUUUAAUGCAAGCCCACUCUGAAAGCGGUGCACACCAUAUUUUCAUUUCUUCAGGUCCACUGGAUGUAAGCAUAGUUUCAUUUUGGGGGUUACACCCCCCCAAGUCUCAUUUUUGCCAUUGUGCAGUGUGUUUAAGAGUGGUUACUUGAUUUAGACUCCUCAGUGAUGUAGAUUCUUCUUCUGUUGGUACUACGCUGCCAGUUUUAAGAUCAGAGGCAGAGAGAUACGGAUAAAUGAUCUUUCAGAACUUUAAAAAGAGAAAACACCAGGUGUUUUUUCUUUAAAGAACUUGUCCCCACCCUCCUUCAGCACUUGAUUGCCUUUAUUAGUUAUACAAUUAUGAACAAAAUGUGAAUUUUGUUUUUCUUAGUUGACCAAGGUAAUGCCAACUGGACAUUCUGUUCCACGAGCUGAUACAUAUACUAUCUCUUGAGAGAGCACUUUUUUUUUUUCUGUUCUUCAUUCGUCUCGGGAGUCCCGCCAUUUGCAUUCUUUCUUUUCCAUGUGCAUAUCUGGUGUGUAUCCAUUAGCAUGAACUGCAUUGACUAUUCCUUUGUACAUAGUCACUCAGAUACUCAUUUUCCUAGGGAAGAUUUCUUUCAUAUUUAGCUCUGUUAAACUUGUUACGCACUCGAAGCAGUCCAUGCGUGUUCAGCAUAUCCUCACUGACUACGCAAAAAAAAAAAAAAGAGAGAGAGAGAGAAAGGAAAAAGGGGGCAGGAUUUUGACAGAACAAACUUCUGGACCCAUUGUUGAGCAUUUCAUAGGGAACCUGUUGUCUAGUCAAGCCCCGACUUAAACACACUCUUCUUCUUGUUAACGUAAGAAGAUUCUACCUGCACUGUGUUUGUGGUAUGAUGCCUUCUUCCCGGCCUGUGAUGUACCAAUUUAAAGGAGAAGAAGAAGAAGAAAAAAAAAAAAACAUGGGAGAAGGACACAGUGGAGUAGGAGUGACGCUCGUGGAACAGGAUCGUGCAGCGAUGGCCGAGCUUUUCUUCUCAGCAGUUCCUUCCUGCGGAACCUGUUGCCGGAACGGCACAUUGUUAGUGAAUUCAUUGCUUUUGUCUGUAGGCCUAUGGGGAAUCAUUAUCAAAGAAAAAGAAAAAAAAUGCUUCCUUGUGAAGUUUGCA